UACAGAUUUACAUUUUCUUUGAUCUUCCAUUCAUCUCUUUCCCAUUUCUAUUUCUAUAAUUCUUCUAAAAUUUCCAUAUCAGUAACAAGCUUAUUACAAGUAAUAUCAGAGCCCAGAUCCACUGAUUUUUGAUUUUGUUCAUUUGCAAACCCUAAAUCCAUGGAUCUUCACCAUUUUGAUGGAAAAAACCUUUCAGUUUGGAUGUUCCAGCUUCAGCAAAAUUUUCUUUACUAUAAUACUCCCAACGAUCUUCACAAAUAUAUGAUGGCCUCAUAUUACAUGGAAGGUGAGGCUCUAACUUGGUUGGAAACAAUGGAGAGAAGUGGAGUUUUUACAAUAGAUGCUGAUUGGGAGAAGUUUGUGCGGCUCAUUAACAUUCAAUUCGGACAUCAUGAAUUCUUUCGCGUACAUGAAGUCAAACAAGAAUCAGAGGAGCAAAAAGGUGAUGCAAUAGACAAGUUAGAAGAAAACCACACGUUGAUUCAAGAAUUAGAUCCGGAAUCAGAUCCAAUUGAAGGCUCAAUUCCAGAACUUGUUCAAGUUGGAGACACAGAUCAGAAAUUACAAAUUUCAACAUUAAAUCUCGUUCCUAUGAAGGUAGACGAGGUGUGUGACCGGAAAAUUCAAGAAAACAAGAAUGUAGGAAGCCUAGACAAAAUCAAGGCAGGAGAAGAGGAGCAAAGAAACGGCGAAGCAAUUUACACGCAGAUUCAAGCAACAAUUCUGGUUGCAAAUACCUACCACCCGUUUGAUGAAAGUCCUCAACCACCCAAUUCAGAAUUCCUUGUGGAGAAGCAGCUUCCAAAUUGGGUUACUUGUGAUAAUAAUGAACAACACUUGUUUGAUGAAAGGUCGAAUGAAGUGGAAUUGGUGGUCCGGAAGCAUAAAUGGCGUUGGAAACAAGUGGUCCAAGAAGGGGAUGCGGAGGUUGAAGAGGAAGUGGCCAAAGCACAUAUCUAUGGAUUUGUUGGCUAGCUAAACAAAGGACACUAUCUGAAGAAACAACCCACUGAGUUUCGGGUCAACCAGGUCCUUCUGCCAUUUGAUGAUUAUAAAUUCAAUUUUACCAAAGUUGGCCAAGAAGUGUUGUUCAGGUUUGGUCAUGCUUAUAACAAAAAAUUGAUCAUGCGAGCUUUUUUGCUGGCAGCAACAUUUUUGGAAGGUUCUUGCAAGUUGUUUGAAGUAAUGGAAUUCUUGCUUUUCAUGAGUGUUGGAGAUAGGUUGGGACGGGGGCUAGCACAAGAGUUGUACCUGAACAUCUCCAUUGAGGGGAUUGCACUCUGUCUCUGAAAAAACGAGCAUGUUUGACCAUGCCUACAAGGUGUUCGAAGAAAUGUCUGAGCUGAAUUAUGAGCGUACAACCAAGUCUUUCAACGCCUUUUUGGCGGCUUGUGUGAUGUUGAAGGUUGGGUGUACGUGUUUCAGAGGCAAGUGCCAGUUUCUAGGUUUGAUGGGCUCGAUUGUUUUGAGGAGCGGGCAACUGUCGGAAAUCAUAGCACAGCUUCAGGAAUUGCUAAAGGGUGUGAAUGAAGCAGAGGUGUUGCCUUACGAGUAUGAAACUGCAAUUCUUGCAACUUAGGUUCAACUACUGGCUCAAGAGAUCAGAGAGUUAGUUGUGUCCCAUCCGGUAACCAUCUUCAAUCGGGAUUUUGCAUCACAGGGGAGUUAUACAUCUUUCUUGGUGCCGGCUACUGCACAUGAAGCAAUGGGAUAUUGCUACAUAGGGGGGAAGAGUUGGUGGCUUUCUGAUGUAACGUUUGUAAGAAUGCACAAUAUGGCUAAUGAUGUUGACUCACUAGAAAUAAGCCAUGAGAUUCUGGCAACAAGAAGGCCAGGGAUUUUAUCUAAUGAUUCAAAGCUGAUGGUGGCCAAACUGUUCGAUGACUACCUAGCUGAAAUGGGGAUGCAGCAUGCCAUUCAUGUCAAAAUCAUUAGGUCUGUACAUGCCAUUUGGGUUUUUGACCUAGGAGGAGAAAGAAAUCUACAAGAAAGAGGAAGAAGAAAUGGAGAAAACAAGUACGUGGAAAGAAAUUAUAUGCGCCGAUAGUACAACAAACACUGAUGGUGGGUGUCCUUCCUCGCCAUCUACCUUUCUCAGCAGAUAGUUCUGAUUGGAGUAAGCCUUCUCACACCUUGUGGGCAAGGUGUUUAAAACAGGGGAGUAUUGUAACAAGCGAAUUAUCAUAGAUAAGAUCAAUGGUGGUUAUGGGUUACAGAAGGUUUGAAGUGAAUAAGGUUGAAGAAUGACAACAUAAGUGUUGAGAAGCUUAUUGUCUAUUGAAGACCACGUGGCAGCUGUUGUGUGGGUUGAAGUCAAGUGCUUAACAGCUGGGUUGCAGUUUGAAAAGAAGUUACACACGUGUUCAAUUAUUAGCAGCUCUCUCGAUUGUAUUGUCGUUUUAUUCUUAAUUCCCUGCGUUUUGAUUACUUGUAAUUCACGUAGAA